GUUUAUCUUGUCUUCUUGACCAACCAAUAAAUCUGAAGGGCGUCGAAAUGGUUUCUUGAAUGUCGAACUUAAGCCAUCAAACGGUUUCCUCAAUGCUCCUGCCCCAAAUCCACCACAAUGCUGUUGAACUUGAAACCCACCUUCAAUCUCUCACCCUCCUUGCUGAAAACCCUCUUCAUCACCAAAAAAACCUCAUCUUUCUUACUCAAUCGCUCUCGCUCCCUAAAACCCAUAAACCCCAUCACACAAUUCGGUUUCCGGCCUCGCAAAUCGUCUCAACACCUCUGCACCGCCGCUGCCGCAGCAAAAUCGGCCGACGAUGGAGCAAUUCUGAUUAGAAAACGGCGGUCUCACGUUACCAAUCAACCGCAACAAUUGCAAAUGAGCGGCAAAGCGGAGAAAAGAGCCCGCCGUGAAUCCCCAUCUGGUAUUCUUCUUUCCCACCUUUGCCGUUGCUCUAAAGAAAGCAACACCGAAGAAGCUCUUCGUCUAUACGACGAAGCAUUACUCAACAAUGUUCCACUCAACGUCGAACAUUACAACAAGCUGUUGUAUUUAUGUUCCUCAAGUAAUACUAAUCUAGGUUUAAAAAGGGGUUUCGAUAUAUACAAGCGAAUGGAAAGUGGUAAUAACGAUACUAAAGUGGUUCCAAACGAAGCAACGUUUACAACCAUGGCUAGAUUAGCCGCUGCUAGAGAAGACCCUGAAUUGGCAUUCGAUUUGGUGAAAAAAAUGAAAGAGGGAUGUGGGAUUUCGCCAAGGUUACGAUCUUACGUGCCUGCUUUAUCUGGAUUCUGCAAAAAAGGAAUGGCGGAUAAAGCUUACGAGGUUGAUUCUUACAUGAUUGACAACGGAGUUGCAGCUGAAGAAGAUGAACUCGCCAUGCUUUUACAGGUUAGUUUCGAUACAAAAAGGGAAGAUAAAGUCUAUGAAAUGUUACAGAGAUUAAGGGCUACUGUAAGACAAGUAAGUGAAGAUACAGCAACAUUGGUAGAAGAUUGGUUCAAGUCCGAUUGUGCUAAGGGUGUCGGGAAGGUGAAAUGGGAUGUGGGGAAGGUGAAAGAGGCGGUGGUGAAGGGUGGUGGUGGGUGGCACGGCCAAGGGUGGCUGGGAAACGGGAAGUGGAAAGUGGUGAGAACAGAAAUGGACGAAAAGGGUGUUUGUCAAUGUUGUGGUGAAAAGCUUGUUAGUGUUGAUAUUGAUCCUUCAGAAACCGAAAACUUUGCUAGUUCUUUGAGUACUUUAGCUUGCCAAAGAGAAACAAGAGCCGAUUUUUUGCUGUUUCAGGAAUGGGUUCAAAAACAUGGACCAUUUGAUGCGGUUGUAGAUGGUGCAAAUCUUGGUCAUAUAAAGAAGAAUUACUUCGACUUCAAUGAGCUAAAAUCUGCUGUAAACUCAGCAAGAAAACUAAGUCCUUCAAACAAACUACCACUUGUGAUUCUACAUAGUUGUAGAGUGAAAGGUAGAGACAAUGGGAAUUCAAGGAAUAAAACAACAUUACAACAUUGGAAAGAAUCUGGUGCACUUUAUGUUACUCCACAUGGAUCAAAUGAUGAUUGGUAUUGGUUAUAUGCUGCAAUAAGUAGCAAGUGUUUGGUGGUGACAAAUGAUGAGAUGCGAGAUCAUUUGUUUGCAUUGUUGGGUACGAGUUUUUUUCCAAGAUGGAAAGAAAAGCAUCAGGUUCGAGUGUCGGUUUCAAGAGAAGGACUUAAAUUUCACAUGCCUCCACCAUACUCGAUUGUAAUUCAGGAAUCUGAACAAGGCAGCUGGCAUGUGCCAACUGUGACAGGAGAUGACUUUGAGACACGUAGGCAGUGGGUUUGUGCGACCCGUACAAACAGCUAAUUAAUUGUGCCAUGUCAGCGUAUCAUUCCCUAAACCCAUUGACAACACCAUUCCAUGUUGCAAAAUCAUUCUUUAAUAUAGAGGAAAGGGUAGUAAGGCUAAAAUUACUUUUUUGCCCAUUUGAAAGAAAUAUGAUCGAGAGAAUGUGUCCAUGGAGAAGAGAGAGAGGAAGAUGGUUUGAUUUUUUUUAUAUUAUGAUUUGUAAUUGUAACCUUUAAUGCUGAAAAUAAGCAUUUGGGAUUAAUAUUAAAUGAGAAAAUCGAGUUAAAU